AUGUCUGGUGAGGGAAAGGGCACGGGACGUGGAUCCAUGGUUGCCGGGCCUGUGGUGAACCCCGGGGAAGGCCCUGACUCUGAGGACAUUGACAACGACGAAGGCCCAGACGACGGAGGAGCGGCACCAUGCACCCCAGGAGGCACUCCAGAGCCACGUGGACCACCGCCUCCUCAGUGUGUCCAGUCUGUGCAGCGGAUCGCCUUGCGGGCAGCGGGAGCACUAACUCAGGCCUUUGCAGAAGACGGAACGACGGUGAACGAGAUGCUGGUGCUUGUUCCCUUCGACUACCGGUCCAUGGGGGACAUGCUUGUCAGGAUCGAGCCGUUACGAGGAGACUUCAGGCUCCACCCCAACCUCUUGGUGUCGAACGUCACAGAUGCUGAAGAUGAAGUCCCGGACACGGCAGGAGCACCCUCGGGCACAACUCCCUCGGGUACAAGCACGGGCAUGGCUUCCACGAGUAUGACCCCUUGGAGUCUGACCUCGAGCAUGGCAUCCGGAUCCAGCGGCGUCGGGCAAGCCAUUGCGGUCUCCCCAAACACGCCGCCACUUCGCCCCACUUCCAAAGCGGGGGCAAAUGCACCUUGGAGGCGCAGGCGACAGACGACCUCUGGUGAAGCCUCGCAGCCGUCGAAUAAGAAGCUCGAGCCUCAUUUGAUCAGAGUACGUUUUUGCAUAUUCUUUGCCUGUAAGUCUGACCAAUGGGUGUGCCUCUGCCCAGGCACCGACGCUCCGAUAGACCUGAGUAGGACUCUUAAAAUCCCUCCCCCGAGCUUGGGCAUGAGUCCUCAGCACUGUCGGGACCUGACGGCUGCGACUGCACAGAUUGCACAGCGUAUCUCGCAAGGGGGCCUGCUGAAGAAAAGAAGUCUGCAAGAGAUGGUGUACCAGCAGGGUGAAGCAAGCUUGCCAAUCUCGCUGUCUGCUUUUACCACCUCGCUGGCCAGGCACCACAUGAUGCUCCUCUCUACACAGUCGGCGGGUGACUUACCGUACAGUGCCAGAUACUACAGUACAACCCGGGUUGCCUCGCAGUGCAGACGACAUCUGGACAGGUACCACUCCGGCAAUUCGCCGGACCUCUUCCAGUACUCCUUGAUCUUCCUGCUCUUGAACAUGCAGGCAGUUUUCCUUUUGGUUAGCAUCGUCAGCACCAAAGCACAGUUGAACAUUCAGGUCCAGAACCUACUCCUACCUCACGGGGAACUUCGCUCAGCCGCACCGGUCCCAAGUCCGGUGGUGUUCAUAGGCCAGGCAGCAGUCAUCACAAAAAUUAUUCUGCUGAUUCUCCUGGUUAGCGUCAGAUCCACACUUUCUGUGAACACAGAUGCGAGGGUUGACAUCUCAGCUGGCGCGAUGUCUGGAGUCGGUGGGCUCAACCUACCGGCGAAGCCAGUCAGCUCUCGGAGGGCUUUGCCGCCCGAAGCUGAGAGUACACUCUCGAGAAGUGGUAAGAGAUCAUAUGCUAGGGCGUAUGCCCGCUCUUGUAGAGAAGGUGGGGCUCAUUUCCGUGGUCGCUGGCGUCCGCAUACCUGGUUCCAACCACGACAUGUACCACCACAGCAUGUGCCUAAGACCACGGCUAGCAGUCAACCAGGACCCGAUUCUUGGAAGAUUCUCACAUGGAACUCAGGUGGCCUCACGGCACAAGUGUACCAAGAACUGCAGACCUACGUGCGCCUCCACCAGUAUGACCUCGUACUGGUCCAGGAGACUAAAUGGUCUUUUGAUGCAAAUUGGAGCACUCGUGAUUUUCAUUAUGUGCAUUGUCAUGGAAUCCAGAAAGAAGACCGAGCGACAGGACUGCUGGUGAUGAUUGCGGCAAAGCACGCCAAGGCCGAUGACAUUCAAUUUAACAUUGUGCACCCCGGUCGCAUUCUCCACGUCAGGUUACCGGUCGGGCAAGUUCACUUGGACAUCAUCACUUGGUAUCAAUACUCCAGCAGCACUGCUGAAGGAGUUUAUGAAAGGCGCCACCAACUGCUAGUGAAAUUGCAGAAGUGCCUUCUUGCUUUGCCUCAACGAAAUCCUUUGGUGUUCGCAGGGGACUUCAACUGCGGGAUGGUUUCGCAUCAGGCCCUUUGUGGGCCUUGUGUCCUACCUGCCAACCCUCUCCAGUACAAAGAUCUGCAGGAUCAUCAAGACGUUCUGCGAGCCCUGCCCGUGUGUAUACUCAACACAUGGACGCGCCCUAAGCACGGUCAGCUAGCCACUUUCACUUUUGGCUCUCUGGCAUCACAAAUUGAUUACAUAGUGGUGCGACACAGACAGGCUAAUCGCGUUGCCAAGAAGGCUGCUAUCCUUGACAAGUUUCCUGUAGCCCAAUGGCGACAAGGCGGCAACCACCAUCCUGUGGUGGCGUAUGUGCCGGUGCCUCGAAGAAUCCUUGCUCAAGCUCGGAAGACCCAGCCUGCUUUUGACAGGGACCGACUACUGCAAGACCUACGGCAGCCAAAGGCGCCCACCUCCCUUGUUCAACUCCGGGAGGAUAUACAAGCAUCAAUGCCUACACCGAUCAGCCACCUCAAUGAUCUCCUGUUACAGGUUGCAGUCCGACAUUACCCGGCACCUCCACGACCCAGUCUUCCUCCGGAUCAACCCCUCGAGCUGGCCAACUCUGCCAGGCACAUGUGGGCCAUUUUCCGUGAAAUGCGGAAACAGAAAUUUACCAUGCAGGGCAUUGCUACGGCAUGGAAGCUAUGGGUUCGCUUUCAGAGGGCACACAAAGCUCACAAGGACCGGUCGAGGCAACGAACUAAGCAGAAACGUGACGACCUCUUACAACAAGCUCAGGAGGCAGCUGACAAAGGGCACUACUCCGGCCUCUGGCGAAUUGUCAAGCAGAUGACGCCCAAGGUUCCGCGAAAACGUCUGCAGCUGCAUCGAAAUGGGCACAUCAUUAGCACGACCGAGGAAAUGGAUUGGAUACUGCAGGCCUACGGCGAACGGUACGGAACCUCAGCUGUGGACGGAGGAUGGCAAGGUCCGAUUGGAUCAGAUAUCUCGGUCACCAUUGAUGCUUCGGAACUUCGGGAUCAAAUGCUCAGGAUCCACCCUGGCAAGGCUGUCCCUCGCGGGAAGGCGGCGGCCAUCCUCUGGAAGGCCUGCGCACAACAGAUUGCCACCACAGUAACCGAGGAAGUCAACCAUGGCUGGAAUCAGUAUCCUUUGCCGCCUCAGGUGGAUGAAGGAUGGUCCGAGGCCACUGUCUCGCUACUCCCCAAGGCACAUGGGAGGAUGCAAUCGCCCUUGGAUCUUCGACCCAUUGGGCUACAGGAUCCUCUGGGCAAGUGCGUGAUGACGCUACUUCUUCGACAGGCCCGUUCUGCAGCGGAGACUUUGAUCAAACAAUAUCCUCAGACUGCAUAUGUGCAGGGGCGUGGCACCAGCACGGCACUCAGACGAGUGUUUGCUCACUGUGCUUUGGUGCGAGCUGAAUGCGGAAAUGAUCGACUGAAUCCACAUCAACAACGAGCUGGAGAACAAAAGAAACAGUGCAGUGGAGGACUGCAGCUGAGCCUCGACAUGUCUGCCGCUUUCGACUUAGUUCGUUGGGAUUUCUUAAAGGAAGCCAUGGACUUUGCGAACAUCCCGAUCUGUGUUCAAGACAUACUACUGGUCUGGCUCUCGCAAGUACGGUACAUCUUUCAUCAUAGAGACUGUUCGGGCUCCCUCCAACCUCAAUGGGGAUUGAGGCAAGGAUGCGUGGCGUCUCCCAUACUCUGGAGCUUGUUUACCUCGCUCAUGUGUGCGUCUCUUGACCGCAAACUUGGCCCACGCUGGUCGAAGGAACAUGCUACUUUGUACGCCGACGACUCACACUUGAAGUGGAGGUUCGAAACUUACGUCGAGCUUGAGCGAUGCAUGAUGGAGGUUCGCGUAGCCCUGGGUGUCUUCAAGACUUUCCAUAUGAAGGUGAACUACGAGAAGACCAAAGCCAUCCUGAAGGUGGUGGGGAGUCUCCGGAGUCGAGUUCACAAAGAAUAUGUUCGAAAACAUGACCAGGAAAGGCGACUGCUGCUUUCGCCGCGAGAUCCCUCGGCCUGGGUUGCACUUGUGCCACAAGCUGAGUACCUGGGACUCAUCAUAUCGUACGGGGCCUUCGAACUCCAGUCCAUGAGGCAUCGCAUUGCCAAGGCCAACAAACGGCGGUGGGCUAUGGCAUCGGUACUUCACUCUCGCAGGCUUAGCGUGGGCUACAAGCUGCAGGUCUGGCGCAGCUGCGUACUCAGCACUCUCACCUACGGUCUCCAUUGUUGUGGCUUAUCCGGUGACCAGCUGCAGGAAGCACAGCGACACAUGAUGAAACACGUCAGGGCCGUCACCAACAAUCAGGCUCAUAUCACUGGCGAUUCGCAUGCAACCAUCAUGGAUAAGUUCGGUGUGCAGAUGAUGCGGACACCUGAUUGGAUGCGAGAUGAAUCGUGGUUCCACCAUGUCUCGGAAAGGUUGUCGCAACAGAGUGAGCCUGAGCCCGAAGGUAUUGAGUCCGCUGUGUGGGCUUGCCCGAUCUGUGAGGAAUCCUUUACUACCUCUGCGGCGCUGAAAACACACGCCAGACGGUCACACAACAUUGUGGACGAACACAAAGAAAUCUUCAACAAAGCACGACACUCCAAGAACGGCUUGCCGAUCUGCAAGUUCUGUGAUCGCAAAUUUUCGAAGUGGCAAUCGCUGGCGGUCCACAUUAACAACAAUUCCUGUCCUGUGCUGAUUGUUUCCAUGGUUGAUCAUGAAGAUCCUGACUUUGCAAACACACCAGCUGAGCCUCCACCAGUGCUGUCGGCUGAGCCGGCACCGCCGGAUCAAAACACCACUUUGACCAUUUGUCAGCUACCUGAAGUGUUGGUUGCAGUGCAGAAGGGCAUCAAUGCAUUCAUCCCGCUCAAGGCCGUCACAACACAGCUUCUGCAAACAUGUGCCAUUUGUGGGCAGUGGGUAGCUUCGCAUCGAACUCUCAAACGACACUAUCAGUACUCCCAUAAAGACAUCCUCGACACCUUGAAUACCAGCAUUCAGAAGCUUGUUGUUCGCACAGCCACGGCUAGUCCGACGACUGGCGGGGACAUCUCAAUAAAUGUACGGUGGCAUGGCAAUGUGCAGUCUUGGUGCUCAUGGACCAGGAUGUUCGAAGACGACGAGCUGACCGAGUUCUUCGGGGAGCUCCGCGAGAACAAGCCCAAGAGGAGGAGGCCGGAAGCCAGAGAUGCGCAUACCAGCCAGCAGGCAGCAGCGAGCCAAUCAACCUUCGGAGCGGGCGGCUUGACUCUUACUUCUCUCGCAAGGGUUGUGCUGAGGCAGGACGAGGAGAUAAGAGUGAUCAAACAAGAUCACUCACUGGUCCUUUGGCUGAAGGCAGGUGCGGAUUCGAUCAUGCCGUUUCUUCACAGGACAGCGGCGCACUUCAAAAAGAAACAGGAGGAAAACCCGGAGUGGGGCCCGGGAUGGCAACCGCUACGCACGGUCAUGGCAUUGGCCAUGAUACGAGAGUUGGCCAACAGACUCGAGGCCACCAUGAAGGACGAGACCCUCCUAAAGACGGUGACGGAGAAAGGCUGGCUGGACAGCCAGCGCAAAUGGCGCUACCAACGCUGGAAUCCGCGUUUGCGUUGUCUCGAAGAGGACAAGGACAGGGCAGCUCUGACCACAGAAGCCCUGGUUCCACUGCUGGAGGAGAUAUAUGCGGCUCUCAAAGGCGAGACGGUCACCCGGUUCAAGUGCACACGACGACUCACAGAAACAAUGGAGUCGCAAGCAGUGUUCAAAAUGGAUAUCUCAACAAGGGGCGAGGGGAUCAAGGCCUGGAACAAGAUGCUCGAACUUCAGGGCAACAGCGUCUGGCAGCUUGUUGGAGUAGCUUACCGAAAGGAAAGCCUCAAGGACAGCCCUGCCAUCCAGAAGCUUCGCGACCUUCUUCGACCGAAGUGA